GACUCUCUCACCAGACACCACCACCAGACAAUAUUCUUUACCCUGCCAUUGCCGCAUACCCAACUCGAACAUACGGCAACGCUCCACUCUCGGUUAACAAAACGACAAAGGAGAUUAUCCUGAGUCCGUUGCUCACAUUUCAUUGUCGUCAGUCACCAUGCCAGAGGGAGCGCCCCCGGCUCGAGGCGCCGGUAGGGGUCGACCCCGAGGGACAAGAGGUAGAGGAAGAGGAGCUGCUAGCAGUGCCACACCCAGCGCCGAGGGACCAACUUCGACUUCGAGACCAUCUUCAGCACUAGGAACAGCUUCGGCGACCGCUGUACCUUCCAGAACCGCAACACCCAACCCUUCCGCGACCCGGGGCACUUCAGCCAGCAGAUUUCGCCCCAGAGUGGUGCGUAGAGACGAGGCGGCGCGAGAUGCAAUUGCAAGGCAAGAGCUAGAGAAGGACAAUGCGAGGGCAAAGGCAGAAGCUCGCGCUCAGGCCCGCUCCCGGGGUCGCAGUCGGCGAGCUCGUGGUGAUGCCAUGGGUCGGGGUGGUUUCAUGUCGCGAGCUGCGGUUGCUAGUGGCCCGUUCUCGCAAAUGACGACAGAAGGUACGUUGAAGGAGGGAGUCGCUCAUUCGGUUCUCUGUUAUUAACACAAUCUAGGAGGUGGCAGAUCCGGCGGGGGAUGGGGC